GCGUUUCCUUUCCCAUCCGCCGAAGCAAAACCAGUUUACUUUCCAUUCCACCCCCUUUUUUUAAUAUUUUCCUCCCCUCUAAUACUUUUACUUUUUAUUUUUAUUUUUUCAUAUGCUGUCUUCCUUGCGUGAUCUUCCACUGGGAAUUGGAGCUUCCGAUCGAUUCUCUCGCCACUGCAAAAAUCAGGGGAUUUGUGGUGUUCGAUUCUCUUUUCUCGUUGGGAAGCUUUGAUUCCUCAGUUCGUGUUUCCGCUGGUGGAAAAGUGUAGGAAUUGGUUUUGCAAGUCGAGUAUCAAAGAGCGAGUGAUUCCUCAAUGCACGAAUGAGAGCCAAGCUAUCGGAGGAAUCGCUUCGCUAAGAAGCAAUUUAGGGGUUUCUUAGUUUUGUUGCUCUCAUGGUGUAGAGCUAUAAAGUUUGAUUUUACCAAUCUGGUGGUGCAUUGUGUUUCGUCUGUCGCGGCUCAAUGGGGCGGAGGGAGCUUUUCUAUUGCUUAGUGCUUCUCCUCCCUUUAGCCGAAUCCUCAAGCCGUUUGGGUAGUGGAUGGUUAUCGAAUCUUGGAGUUGAAACGUCCUUUGAACUUAGCUGGACAUCCUUCAGCGCGAGUAUAUUUGUUCUCGUGGCUCUCGUGCUGUCCACAUAUCUCAUCUUCGAGCACCUUGCUGCUUAUAACCAGCCAGAGGAGCAGAAAUUCCUUAUCGGACUCAUUCUGAUGGUUCCUGUCUAUGCAGUGGAAUCGUUUUUAUCACUGGUGGAUUCAAAUGCUGCGUUCAACUGCGAAGUGAUUCGGGACUGUUAUGAAGCAUUUGCCCUAUAUUGCUUUGAGAGAUAUCUUAUUGCUUGCUUAGGUGGUGAAGAAAGUACUGUCAAAUAUAUGGAAAGUCGGAGUGUGAUUAAUGCUGGCACACCUCUUCUGGAAGAAGCUUAUUCAUAUGGAGUUGUAGAGCAUCCUUUCCCACUUAAUUGCUUUAUGAGGGAGUGGUAUCUUGGUCCUGACUUCUACCAUGCUGUGAAAAUUGGCAUUGUGCAAUAUAUGAUUGUAAAGUUGAUCUGUGCUUUGCUAGCCAUGCUUCUUGAGGCUUGUGGGGUAUAUGGAGAAGGGAAGUUUGAAUGGAAUUAUGGCUAUCCUUACUUGGCAGUGGUUCUAAAUUUUAGUCAGACAUGGGCCCUGUAUUGCUUGGUACAGUUUUAUACUGUAAUUAAAGACAAACUUGCGCCAAUCAAACCAUUGGCAAAGUUCCUGGUUUUCAAGUCAAUUGUUUUCCUGACGUGGUGGCAAGGCAUCGCCGUUGCAUUUCUUUUCUCAAUUGGAGUCUUGAGAGGGUCUUUGGCUCAGGAGCUGAAGACACGCAUACAAGACUACAUCAUCUGCAUAGAGAUGGGCAUCGCUGCUGUAGUGCAUCUCUAUGUCUUCCCAGCUGUCCCAUACAAGCGUGGAGAGAGGUGUGUCCGUAAUGUGGCCGUGAUGACCGACUAUGCAUCUCUUGGAUCACCUCCUGAUCCUGAGGAGGUUCAAGACUGUGAAAGGACAACUAAAAUACGCAUUGCACGGCAUGAUGAGAGAGAAAAACGCAUGAAUUUUCCCCAGAGUGUUCGUGACGUGGUUGUUGGAAGCGGUGAAAUAAUUGUUGAUGACAUGAAGUACACGGUUUCUCAUGUGGUAGAACCAGUUGAAAGGGGUUUUGCAAGGAUAAAUAAAACCUUGCAUCAAAUAUCAGAAAAUGUGAAACGUUUCGAAGAGCUGAGGAAGAGCUCUAACUCUAAGGAUGAUAGUUAUCUGAUCCCCCUCAAUUCCUGGUCUGGAGAGUUCUCUGAAGUCCAUGAGAAUCUCAAUGAAGGGAGCACUAGUGAUAGUGGAUUAUCCAAGGGCAAGAAACAGCAUGGCCAGUCCAAACCCGUAUUAUCUCAGAGUAGAGGCAGAUAACACAUGCAGUUGCACUCGAGCAUAAGAGGCGGUGUGCAUAUUCACACGAUUUAAACUGCUGAAGUGACUGGGUAACUCUAGGGUUAAUGCGUGACUUUCUUGUUUGCAAAGUCAUGAAACCAGAUGUUCGCCUGUUCCUUCGACGGUGGAAAACUGUAUAUAGGAGACCGGAAGACACUGCCGUUGCGGUGCAAAAUCUCAGGGAAACAAAUUGCAUCCCAUCGCUGGAGUUCUCUCGCAGGAUUCCCCUUUCACCAAGCGCUGAUUUUGAACGUUGAUUAAUGAAGUUGACUGAAGGAAGUGAGAUCAUUGUAAAGACUAUGUACAUAAUUAAAUAGAUGCCUCAUUUUUUGUUAUGAUGAUGAAACAGGCCCGUUCGUUUUGUGCUUAAUGCAGAAGGGAGUGUUCGGCUUGCA